AGCACACCCGAAGCGUGCAAGUGCAUGCAGGUGCAGUUCCAGUGACACGCGCGAGAGGCGCACGGCGCACCAGUGCAUGCAACGUCGGCUAUACCUGACAGCGUUAGAGCGGAGCUGGCGCCGUCGUCCAUCGUGAUGCUCUCCCGUCGACGUGACCCGUGACACGAGGGCGACCGUCUGACGUCACUAGAGCCGGAGCCUGGAAUUCACAUGUGGCCUGUCUAGCUGUACAUAAGGAUUCUAGAGACAGACUGCCCGCAUUGGCACUUGCAGUUCCCGACUCAAAUCCUGCUUCCAACCACAUCCAGCUUCAUCUGCUCUAUACCACCGCCAUCAACAUGUCGAACAACGAAGAAACACAGCACGUCCCCACGACGAACAAGGACGAGGAAGAGGAAGGGAGCAAAGGCUCAGGAGGCCUUCUCGCGCCCAUCGGCGACCCUAUUGGCAAGGCCCUCGAAACCGGCCUCCGCCCCAUCGGCGCGCCUCUCGAAAAAGGCAUCACCGGUCCCCUCGGCAAAGCCCUCGGCGGCAGCACACGCGGCGUCCUGGGCCCGCUUCUGGGCGAGAAGGAAGAGCGGUCUGAGGUACUCGGCGGCAACAACGUGGACAGCUACAGCAAGAAGGAGAGUCUGGGCGGCAAGGAGCAGAAUGGCCAGAAUCCGCUGGGCCUGGAUCAGACAGGGCGGUGGGGGUUCCAGGAUGAUGAGAAAAAAUAG